ACCACAGGAUGGUGAUCUCAUAUCUAUUGACUAUGCAAAACAAUAAUUGAAACCUUGGACAUAUAUCACCUGUUUCUUGUACAACCUCACCAAUAAUAAUCAAGUUUCUUGUACAACCUCACCAAUAAUAAUCAAUGGCUGAAAUCGUGCUUUCUGCCUUCCUCAAUGUGCUCUUUGAGAAGCUGGCCUCUGCAGCUUUGAAAACCAUUGCCAGCUACAAGGGAAUUGAUGCCGAGAUCAAGAAAUGGCACAGAUCGUUAAAGCAGAUCCAACGUGUGCUUGCUGAUGCUUCUCGGAAGGAGAUAACUGAUGAUGCUGUGAAAGAAUGGCUGAAUGAUCUCCAGCAUCUGGCUUAUGACAUAGACGAUGUCCUCGACGAUUUGGCAACUGAAGCUAUGCACCGUGAGUUCAACCACGAGCCAGAAGCUAUCGCCAGCAAGGUAAGAAGGCUAAUCCCAAGUUGUUGCACAAAUUUCUCACGAAGUGCUAGCAUGCAUGACAAGUUAGAUAGUAUUACUGCCAAACUAAGAGAUCUAGUUGAGGAGAAAGCUGCGCUUGGUUUGACGGUGGGAGAGGAAACUAGGCCAAAAGUUAUAAGUAGAAGAUUACAAACCUCUAUGGUAGAUGCAUCUAGUAUUAUCGGGCGGCAAGUUGAGAAAGAGGCGUUGGUCCACCGCUUAUUGGAGGAUGAACCCUGUGAUCAAAAUUUGAGCAUUCUUCCCAUAGUUGGUAUGGGCGGGGUGGGUAAAACUACUCUAGCAAGACUAUUGUACAAUGAAAAGCAAGUCAAGGAUCGGUUUGAACUCAAGGCUUGGGCAUGUGUGUCAGGUGAGUUUGAUAGCUUUGCUAUAAGCGAAGUUAUCUAUCAAUCUGUAGCUGGGGUACACAAGGAAUUUGCUGAUUUAAAUCUGCUACAAGUAGAUCUUGUUAAACACUUGAGGGGGAAAAGAUUUCUCUUGGUGUUAGAUGAUGUGUGGAGUGAGAGUCCUGAGGAUUGGAAAACCCUGGUGGGCCCAUUUCAUGCAUGUGCUCCUGGAAGUAAAGUCAUCAUAACAACACGGAAGGAGCAAUUGCUCAGAAGACUGGGUUACGGUCAUCUAAACCAGCUACGGAGCUUGUCACAUGACGAUGCUUUGUCUUUGUUUGCUCUACAUGCGUUAGGUGUAGAUAAUUUUGAUUCACAUGUGUCACUCAAACCUCAUGGUGAAGCUAUUGUGAAAAAAUGUGAUGGAUUGCCUUUGGCUUUGAUCACACUUGGGACAUCACUGAGGACAAAAGAAGAUGAAGACUUGUGGAAGAAAGUAUUAGAAAGUGAGAUAUGGAAAUUACCGGUUGAAGGUGAAAUCAUCCCAGCCCUUAAACUAAGCUACCAUGACCUCUCUGCACCUUUGAAGCGGUUAUUUGUAUAUUGCUCCUUGUUUCCCAAGGACUUUCUGUUUGACAAGGAGCAACUGGUUUUAUUAUGGAUGGCAGAAGGGUUUUUGCAGCAGCCAACUCCAAGCGAUUCAACAGAAGAGAGCCUGGGUCAUGAAUAUUUUGACGAGUUGUUUUCAAGGUCAUUUUUUCAACAUGCACCUGAUCACGAAUCGUUUUUUGUCAUGCAUGACUUGAUGAAUGACUUGGCGACAUCAGUUGCUACCGAGUUUUUUGUAAGGUUAGACAAUGAGACGGAGAAGAAUAUUAGGAAGGAGAUGCUGGAAAAGUACCGUCAUAUGUCAUUUGUUCGUGAGCCGUAUGUAACUUACAAGAAGUUUGAGGAAUUAAAAAUAUCUAAAAGUUUGAGAACGUUCUUGGCAACGUCUGUUGGGGUGAUAGAGAGCUGGCAACAUUUCUACUUAUCAAAUAGGGUUCUAGUUGACUUACUUCAUGAGUUACCCUUGUUAAGGGUUCUAUGUUUGAGUAAUUUUGAAAUAAGUGAGGUACCAAGUACCAUUGGUACUUUGAGGCACUUGCGGUAUCUUAAUCUAUCCCGAACUAGAAUCACACAUUUACCGGAAAAUUUAUGCAACCUCUAUAAUUUACAGACAUUGAUUGUAGUUGGUUGUCGUAAUUUAGCUAAGUUGCCAAACAACUUCUUAAAGCUUAAAAACCUGCGACAUCUUGAUAUUAGGGACACUCCGCUCUUGGAUAAGAUGCCCUUGGGGAUUAGUGAGUUGAAAAGCCUACGAACUCUUUCGAAGAUCAUCAUCGGAGGUAAAAGCGGGUUUGAAGUAACCAAACUCGAAGGCUUAGAGAAUUUAUGUGGGAAAGUUUCCAUUGUUGGUUUGGAUAAAGUUCAAAAUGCAAGAGAUGCAAGGGUGGCAAACUUUUCACAAAAGAGGCUUAGUGAGUUAGAGGUUGUAUGGACUAAUGUGUCGGAUAAUUCAAGAAACGAAAUUCUUGAAACGGAGGUCCUAAAUGAGCUUAAGCCCCGUAAUGACAAGUUAAUCCAACUCAAAAUUAAGUCAUACGGGGGAUUAGAGUUUCCAAAUUGGGUUGGGAAUCCCUCGUUUCGUCAUUUGAGGCAUGUGUCAAUACUUGGUUGUAAAAAGUGUACGUCACUACCGGCGUUUGGGCAACUACCAUCACUUAAACAGUUGUUUAUCAAAGGAUUGGAUGGGGUGAGAGUUGUGGGUAUGGAGUUCCUAGGGACAGGUCGUGCAUUCCCUUCACUUGAAAUUUUAAGUUUUAAACAAAUGCCUGGAUGGGAGAAAUGGGCAAACAAUACUAGUGAUGUGUUUCCAUGCUUGAAACAACUUCUAAUAAGAGAUUGCCAUAAUUUGGUUCAAGUCAAGCUUGAAGCAUUACCUUCAUUGAAUGUUUUAGAAAUAUAUGGUUGCCCUAAUCUGGUUGACGUCACACUUCAAGCACUACCUUCAUUGAAUGUUCUAAAAAUAGUUAGAUGUGAUAAUUGUGUGCUUAGAAGGGUGGUUGAAAUAGCUAAUGCGCUUACCAAGUUGGAAAUACAAUGUAUAUCAGGGCUUAAUGAUGUGAUGUGGAGAGGUGCUAUAGAGUAUCUUGGUGCAAUUGAAGACUUAAGCAUAUGUGAGUGUAAUGAAAUAAGAUAUUUGUGGGAAUCAGAAGCAAUGGUGAGUAAGAUUCUUGUGAAUUUAAGGAUAUUGAUAGUGUCAUAUUGUAAUAAUUUGGUGAGUUUAGGAGAGAAAGAGGAGGAUGAUUAUAGGAGCAACCUCCUGACAUCUCUUAGGUUGCUGCUGGUAUCUUAUUGUGACAAUAUGAAGCGUUGUAGUUGUCCAGAUAACAUUGAGACGUUGGGUGUGGUUGCUUGUAGUUCAAUUACAACUAUCUCCUUACCAUCAGGAGGGCAGAAGCUCAAGUCGCUUAACAUUUUGUAUUGUAAUAAACUAUCGGAAACAGAGUGGGGAGGACAAAAAAUGAACAACAACAACAACAACGAGAGCAGCAUGCUUGAAUAUGUACAUAUAAGUGGUUGGCCAAAUCUGAAAUCAAUCAUCGAGCUGAAAUAUUUGGUUCACCUCACUGAGCUGAGAAUAAUAAAUUGUGAAACUCUGGAGUCGUUUCCUGAUAAUGAGUUGGCUAAUAUGACAUCGCUACAGAAAUUGGAAAUAAGAAAUUGUCCAAGUAUGGAUGCGUGUUUUCCUCGUGGUGUUUGGCCUCCCAAUCUGGAUACUCUAGAAAUCGGGAAGUUGAAUAAGCCCAUCUCAGAGUGGGGCCCACAGAAUUUUCCAACCUCACUCGUGAAACUGUACUUAUACGGUGGUGACGAUGGAGGGAGUAGUUGUAGUCAAUUUUCUCAUCUUCUUCCGCCAUCUCUUACUUAUCUCAAAAUAGAUGAAUUUAACAAACUGGAAUCAGUUUCAACGGGACUCCAACACCUCACCACCCUCAAACAUCUUCAUUUUGACGAUUGUCCUAAUCUGAACAAAGUGUCCAAUCUCCAACACCUCACCUCCCUCCGACAUCUCUCUUUUGACAAUUGUCCUAAUCUGAAUAACUUGUCCCAUCCCCAACGGCUCACGUCUCUCACUCAUCUUAGCUUUUACGAUUGCCCAAAAAUGAUGGAUCUACCAGAAACGUUGUUGCCGUCACUUUUGAGUUUAACGAUCUUGGGUGAUUGCCCAAAACUGAAAGAAAGAUGCAGUAAACGAGGCUGCUACUGGCCCCUCAUCUGGCAUAUCCCCUAUAUCCGCAUAUGAAGGUCCCUAGAUCAUGAAGUUAAUACGAAGGCACUUGAGUCGAGACCAAGAAUCGUUCGAGUCAAGAACAUAGAAUGGAGAACACAAAAUCAAGCAGUGGUGAGUACUGACUUCGAUUGUUCCAGUUCGUUCAGUGAUGAAUCCAGCAGGGAGCAAAACCUUGGAGUUGAUUGGAAGUUUUUUGUUGAACUCCGAUUACUAAAAACAGAAAUUUACCUAUGUUUAUUCUAGCUCUAAAUGGUGUUUAUCUACAUGUACAAAUGAUGAUGUGGUUCCAUGUAUAUGUCUUGUCAGCCUCUUAUUACAAUAACAAUCUGAAGAUUUUUAGCUUUUUUUU